ACGCAUGUCCAUCAUCAGUAGCGGACGGUCGAUGGCAAGCAGCUUCGGCCCUCCGCCGGUUGUCUUUUGGCUCUUGUCUCCCCCACAAAAUAUAAAAGAGAGAGCAAGUCCUCGAGCUCAUCGACAACCAUUCAACCAAAUUGACCCAGCAGGCCUCUCAUUGCGUCUACCUUCUCUCAGUGCGAGCUCGGCAAGACCGGAGAGAAGGUCUCAUCCCUGGGCUUCGGUACUGGCUGUGACACCCAUCUCAACAGUUUUCCGGCAGGUCAAUUCACGGCUCCCCUUGCCUCCCAUCUGAUCUUGAAUUUUCUUUUUUGGAUGCGACAAACCUCCCUCCAUCCGCUCUCUAUACCCAUCAAGCAUCUACAGUAUGACAGAAGCGCCCACGAAGCGCGAGAAGAAGAGAAAGAGUGCCGCGGAGAAGACUAAAGCUACAGAGGUUGCUCCUAUUGCAGAAGAGAGCGCAGAACAGCACAUAGAGGCUACAGAGGAAGCUGCACCAGCGGCUGGCUUGUCGAAGCGGAAAAGAAAGGCCGCAGAGUCAUGGAGCAAGAAGAGCAAGCAAGCGGAGAAGACGGAGGAAUCAGUCAGUGACGCGGGUGAUGAAGAAGCCGUUGAAGUCAAUCCAUUGACAGGCGAACCGGCAAAGAAGAAGCGUAAAGCUGCCGAGAAGCCCAAAGAGGGAGAAGAAGCGACUGCAGCAGCGCCCGCCAAGGCCAAAAGAUAUACUCUCUUCCUUGGCAAUCUAUCUUUCAAGACUGGCAAGGAAGAAAUUGAGCGCCACCUGAGCGAUUUGACAGGUGGCGAUAGUAGACCCACAGCUGUUCGUCUGCAGCAUGACCCACAAACCCAAAAGUUCAAAGGCUUCGCUUUUCUUGAUUUCGCGAAUCAUGCUGCGCUUGAAAAGGUUCUUCAAGCAGCGCAUCAUACGAUGCUCCAAGGCCGUCGCAUCAAUGUCGAGUUGACAGCCGGUGGCGGCGGCACGGGUGAAGUGCGGCGAACCAAGAUCGCCAAGAAGAACGAGAAGCUUGCCACUGAGCGAGAAAAUACACAAAAGACGCGCAGAGAGCAAGAUGCAGCAAAGCGCAAGACGCGAGGCGGCAAACAGGAUGCUGGCAGCAGUCAAGCAAAAGAUUUCGGAGCAAUUAAUCCAGCGAGGAUGGCACGUAUGUAGACGUAAAUAUCAUUAGAUGAUGUACAAUCACGACAAUAUCACACUCUUGACACUCCCUGCCUUCUCCGUGGCGGAGAUUGUUGGUGAAUCACGCUUGCUCGACAUGAUGGAACCAUUCGCCUUGUCUGUUGAGGUCGAGCUAGUCCUGCCUUGUGUCGCAGCUUGAGCCGUGGCGCCCUUCUGCGCAGCUUCACUCGCUAAUCUUU